AUGAAAUUGGUUUAUGUUUGUAUUGCCGCACUAUGUAUCGCAGUUGCGUUAACUGCUUUCGCUGAUCAGGUGGAAGUCACAGAGAUAAAGGACAAUAAGAACGGUAUCUAUCAAGCUGUUGAGUUGGAAGAGGGUGGAAAAUUUUUCCACGAUAGGGCCUAUACGAUUACGAAUAUCCCGAAAGAAUUUCGUGGAUUAACGCAAGUUUCCACGUCAGCAGACUGUCCCGGCGGACAGGACUACCGACUCACGUUUGAAAUCGACCGGUCAGCUUAUGUCUACCAAGCAUGGGAUAGCCGACAUACAGCUCCAGAAGACCGCGGGCAGGAUCCGAAAGGCUGGUUUACAACGGGAUAUACGGAUACUGAAGAAACCCUCAUGUUGGAUGCCCCACACGCCCCAACCGAGUAUUUUAUCUACAAAUCCAAUGAACCGUAUCCGAAAGGGACAGUAGAGUUGCUCGGUAUUGAUGAGGUUAUCGGAGAUCCAGUCAUCAUGUGGACGAUCUUUGUUGAAGAAGGUGUGCUUCCCGUUGACCCAACUGGAAACCUAACGACAACGUGGGGCGAAAUCAAAUCGGAUCAGUAG